CUCUCUCGACGUUGACGUGGCCCUCUGUGCUGCUCGGAACAGGACUGGAAAUCCAGGAUAGUAUCCUAUAUCAGAAAGACAAACGGAACCUGCAACCAACUAAAAUACAGAUAAAUAAGGAAUAACAAUGGUGACUGACGUGCAGCUGGCCAUCUUUGCCAACAUGUUGGGUGUGUCUCUGUUCCUGCUGGUGGUUCUAUAUCACUACGUAGCUGUCAACAACCCCAAGAAACUGGAGUAGAACUGCUUUGUUCAGAGAGGAGGAGAGAUGGAGGUGGCUGAAGAGGACCAUGUCGAGUAGCAGUGAGAUGCCGUACCUCUGCUUGCAUUAGCGCUGUCUCACUGUGCAGGGGUUUUCUAAUAAAAUGACUCUACAAACGCC